ACCAAAUAUCCGAACAACUACCGAGAACUACCGCAGCUGCUAGAGCCAGUGUCCGUUAGGUUUUAGCCGUGCCGUGUCCCGAUGUCAGUAGAGUAAACUUCGUUGCCACAUUUCCAGCAGUCCUGGCGCUGGGCCGCUGGUGAUCCUGCGCUCUCUCGCAAACGCGCCUAGCUGACGCUGCCUCGAACGCCUUUCGUGUUAUCCCUCGCGUUGUAUUCGAGACCCUUCGGCCGGGGCCUAGAUUCCGGCAUCGUAAAUGAAUAAGUGUUCCUAGGUCCUUGGGAGAUCUGCUUCGGGGAAGUGAUGCUAGCAAGCUGAGGGCGAGCAGAGGGCACGCGUUGCUUUCUCAAGCAUGAUCCGCAAGGACUUGCCGUUGCGUGAGUGCAACUGAGAGCGAACAAACAUGGAUGAAAAAAAAUCAAACACAAAUACACUUUCUCAAUGGCUGUUAAAUAUUAUUAUUGUAAUAUUUAUUAUGAUUAUGUACAUACAUACACAUAAAUAUAUAUAUACAUAUACAUAUACAAAAUAUACAUACAUAGAUAUACAUAUACUAUAUAUUAUAUAUUAAUAUAUAUAUUUAUCAUAGUUGAAAUGGAAAGAUGCAGAUCAAAUAAUCGCGUCUAGGGUCGAAACGUUUACCAGGUUAAUUGUGUACUCUACAGAACAAGCACAGUCCGCAAAACUGAUACAUGUUGCAGAUGCCAAAGUAGCAAACUCAAGAUGUAAAAGCAACCACACCAAACGAUUAAUCUACCGUGCUGGACGGUGCCAAGACGUGGGAUUGAGCAAGAUUAGCAGUUUAGGAGAGAAUUGCAUUGAAGAAUGAACGGAAAUCUUAUUCAACCAAACACGAAUUCAAGCACUUUUGAUCGCCAAUUGUCGAAGGUUUCGAAUGUUAUAGCAGUAAAGCAUACAAAUUUUACAAGGCUGUACUCCUGUGAAACAGCUAAAUAGAAGAAAAUCAUAUAAGUAUACAAGUAUGACAAACCAAGCGUUCUUCUGCAAUCGUACAACAGAGAGCAAGGAUGCGUUUGCAUAUUCUAAUAGUCAAACAAGCUAGAACAACGGGAGGAACGAAAAUUCCCAUACCGAUCUCCACGUCCAUAAACCGAGCCCGAAUUAAGACAAAGCAAAUGAGCAUCCAUGCAGCAUGAUACAUGUUGAAUCUGUAUUCGAAUGCGUUUGAUUUAACAAACCCAAUUUCUCGCGAUAUAUUAUCAAGUCAACAUAGAAGAACGUAAUAGACAGUGAAGCUACAACGAACAACCGGAAAUAGCAAAUCUAACCGCCGUUUUUCAACCGCCUUUCUUAUCCUUCUAAACUGCAACAGUAUCUACUCGCUAUCAUUCUCUGUGUUAUCCCUCCCAAAGGUGAAUUAUCCCAUUCAGUACCAUUUUAUUCAUGUUGAAUGAAUGUCGAAUGUGUUGUAGAAAUUGAAACCAAACAUGACUAAAUAUUGAGUGUUAAUAUAUUGCGAUGGUGGAGAAAACUAAAACUGAACAUAAGAAAGCAAAAUGCGCCAAGCGUUGUAUGGAUAUAAACUAAAAAUGCAAAGAAAUGUGAAUUAAACAUGUUGGAAUAAAAUGCAAACAAAUGCUAU